AUGAAACCGCUGGUUUUCAAUCUUUCCGACUGCGGAAAACCGGCUUCAAUCGACUUUUACGGAGACAAAAUCGAAGCAACCGACGGCGGGGAUGCGGCAGCCGAGUGGUUCACUGAGUAUCUUGGUGAAGAAACAAGACUGACAGUGAAUCCAGAAGGCCGGGACGUCAGCAAGACAAACUGGAUUCCGGAAAAGAACGGAAAAGCGCUCGACUGGAGAUUGAAAGGCAUCGAGUACAUGAAAACGGACAAUUUCAGCAAUCACUAUCCGAUUCAGCUGAUUUCGCAAGACUCGGUCGAUGAUGUCAACAAAAAGCUUCCUGCGAAUAGAGACAAGAUUUCUCACUGGAAUUUCCGGUCCAAUAUCAUUGUCAAAACGCUGAAAAACGAGCCUUGGGAGGAAGACAAAUGGAUAGGAAGACUCCACAUCGGCGAUUGUAUAAUUGCAAUGGCCCGAGAGUCCCUACGAUGCCCCCUGAUUACAGUUGACAAGGAAGAAAUUACAGUCUGCCAGGAAGACGAGCCUACCAAGACGCUCAAGACUUUCAGAAAGAUCAACCCAAGAGAUGUUCCUUUCUUAGCAGAAAGAAAGCUCUGCAAAAUUCCAGCUGGCACAGAUCACGUGAUCGUAAAAGAAGGCGAAAUUCGUGUUGGAGAUCCUAUUUACUUGGAACAAGUUGCCUAA